GAACGGCUUCCCAGCCGGAGCCUUCCAGCAGCUUUCAGCUGCCAUGGCAGGCGAUUCCUAAGUUCAUUCCUGGGACGACGGAUGUGACAGAGUAUAGCAAGAAGCUUCAGUUUUUGGCGGCCAUGUGGCCGAAGGAGCAUCUUUCAUUAUUGGCGCCCCGUGCGGCGUUGAUGUGUGAAGGAUCGUCGUUCAAGAAGAUUGCUUCUCUGGAUGCCGGAAAGCUUAAGGCCAACGAUGACUCAGGAGUCAAACUCCUGGUGGCCACCUUGGGUGGUUCCUGGGGCAAGACGGCCCUUGAGGAGAAGUACGACAGCUUCGAGAAGGCGAUUUAUGGAACGACGCAGAAGGCCGAUGAGACCAAUGAUAGCUAUCUGGCUCGGCAUGAUAUCCACUUUGAGGAGCUGUUGGCAGCUGGAGUAACCCUCAGCGAGGUCCGGGCCUACAUUCUCCUGAGGCAAUCCCAGCUGUCGUCUGAUGACAGGAAGCGGAUUGUUGUGGAGAUGAAUGGCAAACUGGAGUACCAGAAGGUUUGCACAGCCAUCAGGCUCCUUGGGCCAAGGUUUUUCACUGACCUGCAGGGCCAGCGCAGUGGAAAAACUAAGACCUAUGAUGCCAAUCACGUGGAUGAGAACAUCGGCGAGGAGCCCGAGCGCGCCUAUCAGGCGGCUGUGACAGCCGCUCCAGAGGAUGGCGACGGCGAGCUGGACUCCGAGUUCUUGGACGCCCUUGUCAUGGCGGAGGACCAGGACGCCAUGCAGGUGCAGGCCUUCGAGGAUGAGUUGGAGGGCUUCUUUCAGGAGACGCCGGAGCUUCAGGAGGCCCUGGUGAGUUACCUUGAGGCCCGUGGCAGACUUUUGGCCAAGAAGCGUUUCCGAGGAUUUUGGCCAAUCGGCUCUGGCGCCAAAGGCUCGAAGGGAGGAUUAGCCGAAGCCAUUGCAGUUGCAGAGCCCGCCUUGGCAUCCACCGAUGAUUCCAAGGAUCCGAUCGCAGAGGUCUGUGCAGACCUCCCCGAGGGAGCGUUGAAGCUGAACCAAGGCCCUCACGAGUCACCGGCCGAGGUUUUGCCGGAUGCCACGAUGGCACUCCACAGCAAUGGUCCCAUAGAAGCCAUUUUGGAUACAGGGGCUAGCCGCUGUGUUAUGGGAAAGACAGCCCAAGCACAGACCCUUUGGCUCGGGAUUGAAGUCGUGCCAGGGCCAACCGGGCUCUACAUGAUCGAUCUUGCCCAGCUGUGCGUUGAAAGUGACAGAGAGCAGUCCUGCCAGAUCGUGUGUGAAGAAGCAGAGGUUUGUUCCUUUACCAGUGAUAAUCGUACAAAGGAUCAUAACACCAGCCUGGGAGAGCGUUACGCCCGGAUGAACAAUCCACAGCUGCGUUACACUCCGGAGGAGAUUCGCACCAUGCCAGUCGAGGUCCAGUGGACCAAGUGGAUCGUCGAACACAUGAGCAAGAGCUCAAAGCAGUGCCACCUCAACUUUCUGACUUUCGUGGAACGCUAUGUGAGUCAGGCCGAAGCCGUGGAAGAUUCACUUCUGGAGUCUUUGGAGGUUCCAGAGCCUCCGGCGAAUCGUGCCCGUCCCAAGGCCGCUGUCAAGAGCUCAGCAUCCCGCGCCGCCGCUUCCACCGAUGCGAUUCCCGAAGCCUGGGAUGUCGUGUCCACCGACGAUCUCGAUCCCCCAAUCGACCAUCAGGUGACCGCUCUGGCCACCCGAAUGAGCCAGAUGGAAAGCAUGAUGCAUCAGGUCCUGGGGGCCAUCCAGGAUCUCAAUACCGUAGUCCGCAGCUCCUGA